ACAUAUUUCAAUAUAAAUGUAAUUGCUACAAUUAGAAAAUACUAAUUUUAUGAGAGAUAAUUUAAUGUAUAUAUAUUUCACAUUUAGGGAAAUUUACUUUUUGACACUUAUUUAAACUAAAAAUGGACACGCGAGAUUAUCAACAAUAUUAUAUAGGGAAUAAAGACAAUGAAAGUAGAAAACAUGGCAAAGGAGAAAAUCACUGGUCUGGAGCUAAAUCUUUAGAGUGGUAUGAAGGACAUUUUGUUCGUGAUACUAUGCAUGGUAUCGGGGAUUAUUAUUGUCGAUAUCGUGGACCCGAAAAGGCCGUCGAAAAUGCCGUGACAUAUGAAGGACACUUUUAUUGCAACCAAUUUCACGGCUACGGGACCAUGUCGUAUCCUAAUGGAAAAACUUUUACAGGUUUAUUUCUUUAUAACAUUCGAUGGGGUCCCGGUGUCGAAAGUGAAGCUGACUUGCAUGAUAAUGUAGGUCUCUGGCGAGGAUCCCAGCUCGUGAGGUUGGCUUGGCGGCCAUCAGCGCCUAGUAUUGUACCAGAUUUUAUGUCCAUCAGCAGUGGUCGGACUUUAGUGGAGUCGCAUAGAAUUAUAUUGACGUCAAAAGUUGAAACUGUAGGCGAAGUAAACAGCGCUAUAGAACUACUCAAACAAUGUGGUGCUGACCCACGUGUUGCUGUUGAAAGAUGGAGGAAAGUGUAUCCCAAGCGCUGCACGGAUAUACGCAGCCCACUUUGCUAUAUCGACUAUUUAAAUCAAAAAUAUUACGAUGGAAAGAUUUCUACACUUCAUAAAUGGGAUAAAAGUUCAGAUAAUAUAAACAGAGACGAAGAAGCUGAAACUUACUACGCUUGGAAUAAUAAUUGUGUGAUGAUAAAUAUAAUGAAGCACAGUUACAAGCAUGAUAAACAAAGGAACCCAUUGAUAUUUGACCUAACGUCUGUUUUGUCUGGGCCAAGAACCCAAUUUAAACCAGCUGGAUCUCAAGAGCUAUUAUGCAGAAUCUUGCUCAUGGCUUGUUACUUAGGUUAUAUUGCAGAUGUGGCUAAGCUCAUUAAUGAGAAAAAAAUUAAUCCUGAUGUAUGUGAUAGUCGAGGAAAUUCCGCUAUUAUGUACGCUGUUUGUGGGGAUCAUCCUGACAUUAUAUAUUUUCUCGUUGUUGCUGGAGCUAAUGUUGACUUUUAUAACGACAACUGCUGCACUCCGCUAGCUAUAGCGUUGACGCGAUAUACCUGUGCUCGAAAUGAUAUCGCUUCAAAUGGAAUACUUUCUGCUGUAUUGCCGCCAGCUGCAACACCACCUCCAGUCGAUCAGAAUGUUUUAGAAUGGAAUUUAAUACGGGAUCCACUAUCCACAAGUGCAGGUGGCACUUUGACCAAAAUUCCAAGCAAAAUAGCAAGAAAUAUGAGUUCAAAGAAAAUAAAAUCGUUACUAUCUUUAAAGGAUCAAUCGUCAACAAAGAAAAAAACUGAUCCCCAGCCUAAAAUAUUUGAUCCUGAUGAUGAGCCGUAUUCAGAAGAAUUAAGAUUGUAUACUGAUAUUAGUCGCGAAUAUUGUAUUAAAGUAACCGAUUCAAUUGCACUACCAAUUGGGGCGAAUGUUAAUCCCUAUUUGUUUGACAUCAAUGAUAUGCUUAAGGAAAUCGAAGCUAAUGAAGAUGAUCCAAAGAAAGCUGAAAAGGUCCCAAAAAAAGUACCAUCUAAGGUUAUAAAGGAAACGAUUAAAACUAGCAAGGAAGCCAUGUGGGAUACAAAUGAAAAAGAAAAGGUAUCAAUAGAUAGCACUGAAAGACUAAAAAUAGAUACGUUAUCGAAAAUCAUGUGUUCUAUUCUUCAAUUACUGUCAGAUGGUGCUGAUCCUAAUUCUGUACGAUGUCCUCAACCGGCUCUGUUUAUAGCUGUUACUUCUAACUGUCCUGAUUUACUGCGUCAUUUAGUACAUUAUGGUGCGAAUAUCCAUGAAACUUACCCACAAUUACUCGAUUAUACCUGUCUAGACGUGCUUAUGUCUCGACCUAUCUCUCAAUCUAACCUUGAAAUGAUCGGUGUGCUAUUAGAAAAAGGUGCGGAUGUAAAUCAUAGGCUUGUUUACAUGCAAGAAUCAAAGGAUCCCACAAAUUCACAUGAAGUAAUACCGGGUCCUACACUGCUUCACGUUGUGAUAACAAAAAAAACUGAUAACAAUAACGAAGAAGAUAUUCGUCGCCAAUUACUGGAGCUAUUACUGGAAUACAAUUGCGAUCCGACAGCUCAAUUUAAAGGUCGAUCGGCUAUAGAUUUAGCAAUGAAUAAAAAUUUGGAUCUCUUUAAUACUUUUAUAAAACACCCAAAAGUUGAUCUUAAUGUUAUAAUAAAUGAUAACAAUCAAAGUAUAUUGGUAAAAUUGUUUAGUAUGACUUACUUCAGAAGUAUGUCAGGCGCAGAACGACUGCAAACGCUUACAAAUUUACUGCUCUUUGGAGCUGAUCCGUUGAUUAAAUGUCAAAACGGUGAGAUUGUUUAUCAGAAUAUUUUCAUCUUUACAAAACAAACUUUAAGUGAAGUGGAUAAUAACACUCAAAAAUUCAUUUAAGCUGCAAAACAAGAUUUUAAGGGUAAGAAGCCCGACAAGCCAAAAAAAGACGAUAAGUUAUCAACUAAAUCUAUAGGAAGAAACACUACUGAUGAAGUAGAUGAUUAUAAGCAAGCAACAGACCUAAUGACGGACUGCGCGAGGCUUAUCUAUAUAAGAUGGCUGCAAGCAAAACUAAUGAAAGAACUCAUCGUGGUUAUCACUAAAUAUAGACAUCGGCAUUGGAACAUAAUAACAAAAGAGCUAAAUACCAACAUAUAUGGUUUGUGGCUAACUCCACAACGUUGUCUCGAAAUUUGGGACAUCCUAUCCAAUACGAAGAAGAAAAUAUAUAAUGAUAAACGUAUACUGAGACAUUUAGUCUGCAUAGUCAUUUUUAUGUCCUGGAACAAUUACGGUCAGAAACAUAUCAAUGAGAAUCGUGUACAGACCCUCACAGCCUCAAUAAGAGACGUAAUAGAAUCAGACGCAACUCAUCUUUUAAGACAACAUAAUGCAAGACGAAAACUGUCAUUAGAACUUGUUGUAGAAACUGUGAACCGCUCUUAUGUAAAACCAGAGCUAGUCACUGACAAAAAAAAAUUUAAUGUAUGUUUUGAAUGCAUUCAACCGUUAAAUGAAAACAAGGUGUCUUGUAGCUGGUGUCAGCUCAUUUCAUUUUGCUCAAUUGAAUGCAUUAGAACGAACAUAAAUAGAAGAGAUUGUCACCCGUGCAGUGAUUACAUAAAAGAAAAAUAUUAUUCAAAUUUUAAUGAAGAUGUUAAUGUAAAAUCUGAAGACAUACUAAAGAAUAGCCAUAUAUGA